GCCAGUCUCUCACUCUUGCCCCCAUAUUGCACCAUCUCUCCUUAAGAAUUCAUGAUGACUUCGUCCCAUCAGAGCCACACCACCAGCUUCAACCCCCGGAGGAUCAAGACUAAGGCGAAGCCACCACAUCAGAUCAGUCACAUGAGACCGUCUCCGGCGGCUCAGCCGGUACUUAAAUGUCCGAGGUGUGAUUCCGUCAACACCAAGUUCUGUUACUACAACAACUACAGCUUAUCUCAGCCACGCCACUACUGCAAAAACUGUCGCCGUUACUGGACACGUGGCGGAACCCUACGUAACGUCCCCAUCGGUGGCUCAACCAGAAACAAGAACAAGCCUUCUAGCCUCCAAGUCAUCUCUUCUCCACCUCCGAUUGUAGCACCAUUGUCGUCUCACGAGCUCGUUGAUGGGUUUCGUAUGAACAGAGCGAUGAUAGACCCUUCUUCGACGGCGUUUCCAGGUGGAUUCUCCGGCUACAUGUUUUCGUUGGAUCCUAACUACAAUCUUGCAUCUUCUUCUAUCGAGUCUUUGAGUUCUUUAAACCAAGAUUUGCACCAGAAGCUUCAGCAACAGAGACUCUUCACUUCCAUGUUUCAACAAGAUUCUCCACCGGUUAUGUUUCAUAACGUUGAGCUACUUCCUCCUUCGACAGCGACAACGGAGUGGGCUUUCGAUAGAUCAGCCAUUGGGGAAGCAACAAGUGGCAGUAAUGAAAACAAUGGUGAACGUGAGGGUAAUUUAGGAAGUUGGUACUAUAAUCCUAAUAAUUCUAUGCCCUAGUUCAUUCUUUUAAUUCUCAAUGUCAUUACCAUUAUUAGUCUCUAAUGUUGUAGCUAGCUUGCAGAAGCUAUGGAUGAAACAAAUUCAUCAGUAUUAAGUUUCCCCUCUUGUAGUAAAUUUUUACAUAAUAAUUUGGUUGA